AUGGCCACUCGUCGCUCUGCAGAGAAAUCUCCUUCUCCCAAGGAAGCUGUCGCACCUUCGGGCUCUCCAAAGCCCUCUGACUCAGAUGUGACCCCUGCCGUUCCCACAAAUGUGAUCAUGAAACUUCUCGGAUUUUCCUUCGCCAUGGUCGUCAUUCCUAUCGGGAUGUACUUUGUUACGGUGGACUUUGGAGCAAGCCCCACAGUCGGCGGUAUUGUGGCCGCCAUCAUGGCUAACGUAGUUCUCGUCGCAUACAUCUAUGUUGCGUGGAAGGAUGAUCAGGCGGAGAGGGAAGCUGACGCCAAGUAUAAGGAGAAAAAGGCACAGUAA